UUCUCUUAAAGAUUUCAGGUUACUUCUUAUCCAUGGUUUAACACGGAAUAAUGUCCAAGCGAAAGGCGUUUUUAGAAGCAACCUCAAAGGAAAAGGUGGAGGACUUUCUUCGCUUUAUUCAGCUUCACAAGGACAAAGCUGAGCCCUUUGAUGUUGAGGAGGUGGUUCAGGAGAUGCCCAGAGAGCAGAGAGAGGCUCUCUGGAGGCAGCUGGAGUCGCUGCUCCGUGAGAUUUUGCUGGAGUUACCUCCAGACCAAUGGGAAGAGGAAGAGAGAAUGCAGCAGGAAUCCGUUCCAGAUGCUAAACACGUCAUGGCGGUGGUGGACGGUGUUGUCCUGGUGGUUGCUGCAUCUCUAAGGGUUUUACAGGAUGGGGACUCCUAUAGCACACUUUUAGAUAUCGCCCACAGACUUCAUGAUGUUUUGAUGUCACUUCCUGUGUCAGAGGCGGCGUUGCAGCUCCACAUACAGAAGCUGUUUGAAGCCUGGUGGAAGUUGGGACUGCUGGAGAGGGAAAAGUUUGGUCGUGUGGCUUUCCUUUUCUCCCUGCAAAAUAGCUUCCUCCUAAAGAAACCGAGUGCUGAGAUUGAGAGAGUGUGGAGCCUUCAUGAUGUUCUUGCCAGUCUGGACUACACAUCGGAAGACAACAAGCAGAUAGUCGACCUGCUGCUGCAGUGCUUUCACCGUCCCACUCACAUUAGAAACGACGACGGAAAGCGGUUCCUGGUGUCCCUUUUCAACUGGGAUGUUGAUUUUAUCAGGGUUAUCCACGGCACCAUUAAAAACCAGUUGGAGUUUUAUGACAAGGGUGUAGUUGAUCAUAUUGCAGAAAUUUACUUCAGAGCCUGGAAGAAGGCUACUGGGGACUUCCUGGAGACGAUUGAGAGCGCAUGCAUUCAGGAUCUGAUGCAAAAUGCCAUUCUUCUUCAAAGAAAAUCACCUGUUCACAGCAAAGUUAGACAGAUUUUAAGCUAUUUUCACUCCAGGAAAACAAGUCAUGGUGUGGACAAGAUGCUGUAUAACCUCUACAGGCCGAUCCUCUGGAAAUCCCUGAGUGUUCCUAACUUUGAGGUUCGUGCAAACGCCACUUUGCUUUUCUCUGAAGCCUUCCCAGUCCAUGACCCAGAAGAAAACUCCAAAACUAUGGAUCUGAAUGUUCAAAAGCAGCUGGACACAAUGAUGGGGCUCUUUGACGACCCUCAACCUACCGUGCGUGCUAACGCCACCCUGGGGGUGUGUAAGAUCCUGUCAAAGUUCUGGGAGCUCCUUCCUCCAACAAUCAUCACAGACUUCCUGAAGAAGCUGCUGAUGGAGCUGGCUGCUGACAGCAGCUCUCCUGAUGUCCGCUGCUCAGUCUUUAUGAGCUUGACUAUUGUGUUGGACAACCCUUUGAGCCACCCACUGCUAGAAAAACUCCUGCCAACUCUCAAGUACAGCCUCCACGACACGUCAGAGAAAGUCCGUGCAGCUUUCCUUGACCUGCUCAUCAAGGUUAAAGCAGUCCGUGCUGCCAAGUUCUGGGACAUCUGCAGUAUGGAACACCUGCUAGCCCGUCUCGCCAUCGACUCACAGACAGUGUCCAAACGUAUCGUCAACCUGCUCUUCAAGUCCUUCUUCCCUGUUGACGAGUCAGAGAAGGAGUGGUGCUGCCGCUGCGUCACCCUCAUCCAGAUGAACCCCAUGGCUGCCAGGAAGUUCUACCAGUUUGCUCACAAACACACGGCCACCACAAACAUCGUAAAGCUGAUGCUGGCUAUUCGUCGCACUCUAAACAGCUUCAUCCAGGUGGAUUUUGACAUGACGGAGAUUAAUGAAAGCAACAAGGAAAACAGCACACAGGCUGGGCCUGUGUUGCUGGGACAGGACAUGUCUGUUGUGUCCAGUUUACUGGAAGUGGUGGCCAUCCUGUGGAGAAGUGUUGAGAAGGCUUUGAAACAAAAUGAAGAGGCACACAAAUACACAGUGGCAAAAUUUGGAAAUGUUAUGACAAAAUACUUCAAAGCUUUUGAGGAUGAGCGCUGCACUGCACCACUCAUACAGCUGGCGUCUUUCAUGCCCCCUGCUGCAGUUCCAACAUUUAGCUGUGGAGUCCUGUCCAGACUGAGGAGAAUGAACUCUGGAGCGACUUCAGCUCUGUUCAGCCAGCUGCUGGACUGCGUCUGCAGUUGGGGUCAGGUGGCUGACAUCCUAGAGCUGGUGUCUGAUUGGCUUAGUGAGUCUGUUCCCAAGCAAACGGAAAAAGCCACUAAGAGUAGGAAGGUGCAAAUCCAGGAGACGCUGGAGGCCAAACCAGAUCUGGCUCUGGUGUAUCUGGAAUACCUUUUCAGCCACACUUCCACACGAGAGAAAGUCCUGGCUCUCGGUGAGGGCCCUCUGAGGCAGCUUCAUACAGUUUUGGGGAACUGGAAGUCGGUGCUCUACACUUACCUCAGCUCAUCUACAGAGGAUCCAAACAGUCCCACUGUGCAGACGGCGCUGAAAGCCUUUAUAUACCAUGGUCGUCUCAGUGUUCACCUCCAGCAUAGCUCGGCAGAAGGUCGGGACUACCUGAUCUCCCUGGAGAAAAUGGCAGUGUGGAUCUCAGACAGGGUUCUGCCCUUCCUUACCAAACAUAGGAGUGAUGACGGCAAGGAUUCGGGGAAGUCUCAGCAGCUCGCCUCAAAGAUAACAGAGAGCUUCCUGACAUUGUGCCGUGACAUUUUUCUGGUUGGUUUGGGAGAUGAGAUAUUCAAAGGCGAGAUCCUCCACAUGUGCUCACUCAUCCUCAACUCAGAGUCAGGCUACAGGUGUAUUCCUGCAAUUCUGCCAAUUUUAAAGGAGGUGGCAAACUGCUUUGUGCCCUGUGAUAACAUUCGGGACCAGAACAGUCAUGAUGAGUCCAACUUGGUCAUGUUGGGUGUGGUGGCCAACCUUUUCCAUAAGAUCAUAGCGUUGCUGACAAGUUCCCUGAAGAAAGACCCAGAAGAAGGACAACUUCUGUGUCAGUCAGCCGUUCCCAGUCUGACGGACUUCUUCCAGGUGGCCCAGACCUGGCAGCCAGCACUUCUUAGCGAGGUUUACUCCACUGUGUUUGCUGCCAUCAUUGUGGAGAACAUACGUAUUCUUCAGAAGCUUGCUCUUCCUGAAGAGGUUUUCGUUCCUCAGUCAGUGGAUGAAAUGCCUCCUUUGUCCAACUUACUGCUAUCCGUCAUCAUCAUAUCACCCUCUAUCACAAGCUCGUUUUUGGCAGAGGUCUCUUCGUCUCUGGACUCGGAUGCCCUCAGCAGUUUCACCGAACUGGUAGCAGUUCUGCACGUCUUGGCCGUCAUUAAACAAAAGGGGCAUAACAAAGGUGCCUUAAAGAGCGCUGCUAUAUCUAUCCAGCGGCGUCUUCACGAACAUGCAGUCUCUUCUUUGGACAGCAGAGAACUCCAUCGGUGCAUGUAUGAAUCCUCAGUGAAGACCUUGAAUGACCUUCUGCAUUUCUAAUCCCCAGUAAAUUAAACAUGAUGGGUUUGUGUUGAGUGUUUUUUUAUGCAUUGUAAUCUCCAUAUUCAUACUGUAUAAACACAAAGCCUUUACAUUAAAAAAAAGAUGCUGAAACAAACAGGU